AUGGUUUUCAAACCAUUCACCCACCUCGCGCGCCAGUCUUUCACCAAAGCCUUCACUCAUGGCUAUGCUCAGUCCGUAGUCGCUGCAUCGCAGACCUACGCGUCAACCACUCCCUUCAACCCACUUUCCGUCCAAUCCGCCAAGUUCUCCCGGACAACUCAAUUACAAAACUCUUUCUCUAAUGCCUCCAGCUCGUCCGGCGCUGGCGCAAAGACAAGCUCCGGCUCCGGAGGUGGUGAUGGGGGCUUAGCUGCCUACUAUACCGCGUGGCAGAAUGCCCAGCAGACCGGCGAUGACAGCGAUUGGACUCAAUAUGAGUUCAACCGUCGCAUCGGCUGGAAACCCUCGGACGAGGCCGACCGUACCGAAGACCGCGCCGCGUCCGAGUCCAUCCCUCCCCACCCCACCAAAGCCGCUGUAAACGACGAUGUAAGCGCCCAGGUCGAGGAGGCCGUCGCCCGUGAGAUUCAGAUUCAGGAGGAGCAAGCGCAGGCCGAGGAGGCGGCGCUGAGCGCCGAGCCUGCCGAGGAAGUCGCGCAGGUGUCGGAGGCAUCGCAAGUGGCCUCGGACGGCAUUGUGGGAUUGGUCGCAGACAAGAAGUUUGCGGACAUCCCAGCUGCAUUCGAGGCUCUGCUUCGCGAUGGCCUGACACCGACGGUACAGGCGUACAAUGCCUUGCUGGUGGCUGCAAUUCGCUUGCACCCCGAUGCUGCUCAGGCCAUCCCGAAGGCUCUCGAUGUUUACUCUGACAUGCUUCGUCGUAGGGUAAUUCCCGAUGAAGACACCUAUGAGACUUUGGUUCAUCUGCUCGUUACCCGGGCUCACGAUAUCAUCAAGGCCAAGCAGGUCCUCGAGAACCAGCGAGCCCGCUUCGGUGGAAUGGAAGAGCAAGGCAAAUUCAUGCUUCAGUCGAGCGAAUUGGAACAUGCCAUCCUCCUCGAGGAUACCUCUUUGUCCAUUGCCGUCAAGCUCUUCAACACCGCCGCUUCGCGCCACAGCCGACUUGCAUUCCCCGUUGAGACUUACCGUCAGCUCAUCAUCGCCUGUGCCAAGGAAGGCAAGGCCGACGAUAUGAUCCGCGUCUAUGCCCACAUGGAGUCCCACAAGGUUACUCCUCACGCCACGAUCUUCCCUUCGAUGAUUACUGCGUUCGCCUCUGCUAGCGAUCUCCGCAGUGCCGUCGAAUGCUACAACGAGUACCGCAGCCUGGCUGUUUCCGAUGACAGCGGUGUUUUCAGCAUCGUGGAGCGUCAGGAUGGUCAGGUUUAUGCUGCUUUGAUCCGCGCCUAUCUGUCUUGCGACAAGGAAGCCGGAGCCCUGCAGUUCCUUGACAAGAUUCGGUCUUCCUUCGACGAAGUGACUGAGGGUCGCCAGGAUCGGUGGUCCGCAGUGGAGAGCAUCAUCAUUGAGGAUGCGUUUGUGCAGCAUUCCCUUGAUACCUUCAAAUACGGCCAGGCUCUGGAACAGGCUAAGGACCAGUUGCAUGAUGUGGCCCGUGAUCAGGCCAUCUCCCGCAUUUGCAUCGCCGCCGCUGACGCCGACGAUCUCCCCACUGCCUCCGCAGCAUAUGAUAGUCUGCCCACCGCUCCCGAUGCGCGACAGAACCCGGCUAUUUCCCUGCUGGCGCUUCACGUCCGCCGGGGCAAUGUUUCGGCGGCCCGUUCCUUGUGGAUCAUGUUGAACACAGUGGGUCAGGCAACCCCGGAUAUGGUUCAGCCGACAGCCAUGUAUGCGGUCGCGUUGCUCAAGAGCGGAAAUGUUGAGGAGGGUCUGCACCAGGCCCGUAACAUGUUCACCCGCAUUCGCAACGCAUCCCCGGAAAAGCAGAACAUCGUCGUCCGCGAACAAAUUGUCGAGUCGCUUCACAUCUUCGGUCGUGUUCUCAUGCAGUCGGCCGCUGUUCUCUCUCCCCAAGCUUCCAUGUCACUCCUGUGGUCCAUGCUCGAGAACGGCGGUCUAGUAUCGCCGCUAGCCGAGCACGCUGUCGCUAACCUUGGUCCCAUUGGUAUCUCUCAGCUGAAGCCUGCCGACCUUACCCUUGCUCUCCAAGUCCAGGCUGGUAUGUUGGCGAGCAGCAGCUCGAUGCUUUUCGAUGUUGCUCACCCCGUUCGCUUUGCCCACAUGCUCGAUGUCGCCCUGUCUUCUUCCCUCCCCAUGGACCUCUACACGACCAGUAUUGUCGACCAGGCCGUUGGCCGGUUGUACGUGAGCAACCCUGACAUCGUCAAGAAAUGGCAAGAUCAUCUGGGUGCCAACACCCCGACCUCGGUGUCGCCCGCUCGCGUGUUUUCCGAAAGCCACAGCCCUGUAUCCAUGGCUGAGACUUCCAUCACUACGCCUGCUGCACCUGAGUCGUUUGAUCCCUACGCCCACGCAACUGACUUCCGUGGAUCUGCCAUGAUCGCCGAUGAGCUCGAGAAGACCAGCGGACGUGCUGAAACCCAUCUCAACGAGGCCCUGAACCGUCUCAACAGCAUUCGUCGUACUGGUCGUCACCCGCGUUACAUCACCUAUGCCAAGUUGAUCACUGCCGCCUCCAAGACCGGUCGCAUGAGCCUGGCCCACGAGAUUCACAACAUGGCCCGUUCGGACGUUCCGCUCGACAUGAACUUCACUGCCGUCAAGUACGGUUGGGUUUCCAUCCUCGACGCUAUGGUCGCUGCCUGUCUCACCCUCGGCGAUCGCCAGCUGGCGGCUCAGUACCACAAGGAGCUUCUCACCCUCGGCUCCGCUCCCUCAGCCAACACGUUCGGUUUGUACAUCACCACUCUCAAGGAGUCUACCAAGACCUUUGACGAGGCCACCGAGGCCCUCAAGGUCUUCCACCGUGCUGUUGCUGAGGGCGUUGAGCCCACCUCCUUCCUGUACAACGCUCUCAUUGGAAAGCUCGGCAAGGCCCGUCGCAUAGACGACUGUCUUGCAUACUUUGCUGAGAUGCGCGCCAACAACGUCCGCCCAACCAGUGUCACCUACGGAACCAUUGUGAACGCCCUGUGCCGUGUCAGUGACGAGCGCUUCGCCGAGGAGAUGUUUGAAGAAAUGGAGUCCAUGCCUAACUACAAGCCGCGCCCCGCGCCUUACAACUCUAUGAUCCAAUACUUCCUCAACACCAAGGGUGAUAUCAGCAAGGUUCUCGCCUACUACGAGCGCAUGCAGGCUCGCAACAUCCAACCGACCAUGCAUACCUACAAGCUUCUCAUUGACGCCCAUGCCUCCCUUGAGCCGGUCAACAUGGCUGCCGCCGAGGCCGUUUUGGAAACCAUGAAGGCCGCCGGUCAACACCCCGAUGCUGUUCACUACGCCUCCCUUGUCCACGCCAAGGGAUGUGUCCAGCAUGACCUCGAGGGUGCUCGCAAGAUCUUCGACACUGUUCUGUCCGACCGCCGCGUCCGCGUCCAGCCCUGCCUCUACCAAGCCCUGUUCGAGUCCAUGGUCGCCAACCACCGCGUCGCCGACACUGAGCCCAUCGUCCAGGACAUGCUCGCCCGCAAGGUCGAGAUGACCGCGUACAUUGCCAACACGCUGAUUCACGGCUGGGCCGCUGAGGGCGACGUCACCAAGGCCAAGGCCGUCUACGACAGCAUCGGCAUCCAGAAGCGCGAGCCCAGCACCUACGAGGCCAUGACCCGCGCUUUCCUGAGUGCCGAUCAGCGCCCCAGUGCCACCGCCAUCGUCCAGGAGAUGAUGUCCCGCGGCUACCCUUCUGCUGUCUCUGGCAAGAUCGUCGAUCUCGUCGGUACCUCUUCUUCUCUUUAA